AUGAAAUCAGUAUCUACCGCGGACAUAUAUGAUACAGUCAGAAAACAUACAGUUAUAUUUGAAAAUAAGUCGGUGUUAUCUUUCUCAAGAUGGUGUUCGAAUGCUCGUUUAUCAUUCUUAAGAGCCCAGGAAGAACGAAAAAACAAUAUUCGAGUAAGAUCUUGUUAUGUUAUGGAUGAGCAAUUCCACGAUGACAUAAAAUCAGCAAUUUGCCAAUUUUUACCUCUGUAUCAGGAGUCAAUAAAAAAUUUAAAGCGAAAUGGGUUUGAAAUAGUGGGAUAUGCUCGCAAGUCCCCUUCAAAUGAUAAAAAUGAAAACAGGGUGAAACUUCUGCAGAAAAUGGUGGACAACUUGCAAAGUCGCUCCUUGACAACCAGAAUAUAUGUCUCUUUUUCCAGUUGCGCAUCCACUCCUUUCAGCGAAAGAGAUACCACGACCAAUAAAUCUAUGAUUGCAAAAUUAAGCAAUGUGAACGGAGAUACACAAGAUAUGCUUCAUUAUUUACAAUCUGCAGACCGUGACAUCUGUUUGGUAUCCAUCGAUUAUGCGGGGCUUACAUCAAGACCACAAGAGCUAAACAGGUUGAUCGAAAACAAUGAUAAGAUAAAAAAAAUUGCAAUUGAUACUUUUGCUUUGGACAAUGAAAUCCACCUAUUUGAUACAAAGCUUUUAGUAUCUGAUCCCACACUUCUUACCAAGUUUGAUUGCCGAAAGAAGAUUUUACAACGACCAAAAUAA